GCGCGGAGGCCAUCUUGGCGCGGGACGCGCGCUCCUCCGGUCUUCCUCGUCCUCGCCGAGCCGGAUCCCUGCGCCGGGCACCCACAUCCCGACCCCGACCCCGACCCCCGCGUGUGCAGCUUCCGCAGAGGCGCUCGCUCGGACCCAGUGCACCAUAAUUGAGGGACAAUGAUGGAAGAAAGCGGAAUAGAGACAACUCCACCUGGAACCCCUCCCCUGAACCCUGCAGGCCUGGCCGCCGCCGCCAUGCCCUCCACUGAGGUUCACUUAGCUGCAACCAGCUCCUUCUCAUCUCCGGGUGUGUCCGGGAUGGAGUCCCUGCCGCCCCGUGCGUACUCCACGCCUCAGCCAUCCCUGCCCCCUGUGCAGCCGUCGGCACCGCCUCCUUUUGUGCCGCUGUCCCCAGCUCCUUCGGUCCCCCUGAGUGGCACUUCGGUGCCACCCUCCAUGUCUCCGUCACCUGCCGCGGCCUUCAGCAGCCCCCCCAUAGCCCCCUUCCCACCUGCGACCUCCGCCUCCGGCGCCCUCUUAUCCACGCCGCCUUCGGGUCCUCCUAUCUCGGGAUUUUCCGUGGGUGCAGCCUACGACAUCACGAGGGGCCAUGCCGGGAGAGCGCCCCAGACGCCUUUGAUGCCGUCCUUCUCUGCACCUCCAGUCACAGGUAUUAUGCCAGCCCCCAUCACUCAGCAAGCCAGUAUGACAUCUCUGGUACAGGGACCUGGAACCACAUCAGCCAUUACUUUCCCAGAGGAACAGGAAGAUCCAAGAAUUGUUAGAGGCCAGGAUGAUGCACCUGCUGGUGGGAUCUGGGGUUUUAUCAAGGGUGUAGCUGGGAAUCCUAUGGUGAAAUCUGUGCUUGACAAGACCAAGCAUUCAGUGGAGAGCAUGAUUACGACGCUGGACCCCGGCAUGGCUCCAUAUAUCAAAUCUGGAGGUGAACUGGAUAUUGUUGUAACCUCAAAUAAAGAAGUGAAGGUGGCUGCUGUCCGAGAUGCCUUCCAGGAGGUCUUUGGCUUAGCUGUGGUUGUGGGGGAAGCUGGACAGUCCAAUAUCGCCCCACAGCCAGUAGGCUAUGCGGCUGGAUUAAAGGGUGCCCAGGAACGCAUAGACAGCCUGCGGAGAACUGGCGCCAUCCACGAAAAGCAGACUGCCGUGUCGGUGGAGAACUUCAUUGCUGAGCUGCUGCCCGACAAGUGGUUUGACAUCGGCUGCUUGGUGGUUGAAGACCCCGUGCACGGCAUCCGCCUGGAAGCCUUUACUCAGGCCACCCCAGUGCCUGUGGAGUGUGUGCAGCAGGCACAAAGCCUGACUCCCCAGGACUACAAUCUGAGGUGGUCAGGCCUUUUGGUGACAGUGGGUGAAGUCCUAGAAAAGAGCUUGCUAAACGUCAGCCGGACUGAUUGGCACCUUGCUUUCACGGGUAUGUCUCGCCGACAGAUGAUCUACAGCGCGGCCAAGGCUGUGGCAGGCAUGUACAAGCAGCGCCUGCCACCCAGGCCCAUGUGAGACCAGCUACUGGGAAAUGGAGACCCGCCGUCACCUUGGGCUCUGUGUUAGAGGAGACUGGAUAGCUUCCAUGAAUCCAACACUUUUUACAACUUUCCUGUAGACUGCAGUCCUUUCAAAAGAAAAAAAUGUUUUUAAAUAAAGGCACAGUGUCAUUCCAGUAAAACAAAAGAAGUAGA